AUGAAAACCUGGUCAAACGGAGGGUGUCUCUCCUUCGAAAAUGAAAAGAACGUAACCGGUCUGGCUGUCCUUACCGCUCCUCUCCUGAAGAUUUCGACCAACGUCACCCAGUCGAAGGCCAUCCGUUCGAGCUCUGCGGUAGCCGCCAUUCUCACAUCGUCCUCCCACAGUAACAUCGUCGCUCGGGGGGAAUGCAGCACAGUGCAGGUUGAAGGCGGGGAUAGCUGUGCAGCCCUGGCCACAAAAUGUGGGAUCUCGGCUGCGGAUUUUACCAAGUACAAUGAUGAUCCAAAUCUCUGUUCAUCCCUCAUGCCAGGGCAACACGUCUGUUGCUCGGCGGGCACCCUCCCCGAUUUUGCCCCAAAAUCUAACCCGGAUGGAUCGUGUGCUACGUACACCAUUCAACAAGACGACAACUGUGCAAACCUUGCUGCUCGAUACAGCCCCACAAAGGAGGCUUUGGAGGACUUCAAUAAGAAGACAUGGGGCUGGAAUGGCUGCUCAAAUGUCGGGAUCGGUACUGUGAUUUGUCUGAGUAGCGGAAGCCCGCCUAUGCCCGACCCCGUGGCCAAUGCAGUAUACGGGCCCCAGGUGCCGGGCACAGAAGCGCCAGAAGACACUACGGAUAUCUCUAGGCUUAAUCCCUGCCCAUUGAACGCUUGUUGUAAUGUUUGGGGUCAGUGUGGAAUAACAGACGAAUUCUGUAUCGACACCGGCACCGGCGCGCCAGGCUCUGCGGAGAAAGGCACGAAUGGUUGCAUUUCUAAUUAUGGCACCGAGCUUGUGCGCGGCGAUGCUCGGAGGUCUUCCGAAGCAUUGCCUAUUUCGAAAGCUAUAGCUUGGGUAGUCGCGAUUGUUUAUAUCAGGAUGCCAUCCAAAUUGACGGGUCUAAGUACACGCAUCUGCAUUUUGCAUUCGCCCAGUACCUACAACAUUUUCCGCCAGGGAGUCAAAGCUGCUAACCGGCUAACAAUGGCCACAAAUAUUGCUAACUUUAUCAAGGAGAAUAACCUUGAUGAUUUUGACAUUGACUGGGAGUAUCCCCCUGAUGAUCCGGAUUCUGGUGACAAUUAUCUGGCGUUCCUUGUCAUUCUUAAGAACCUGCUUCCCGGGAAAUCAGUGUCCAUUGCGGCGGCAUCGUCAUACUUCUACCUAAAGAACUUCCCCAUCGAGAAGAUCAGCAAGGUCGUGGACUAUAUUAUAUACAUGACCUACGAUCUUCACGGACAGUGGGAUGCAAUGAAUCCCAAUUCACAGAUCAGCUGCCCUUCGGGAAUGUGCCUGCGCAGUCAAGUUAACCUAACUGAGACCAUCAGUUCGUUAGUCAUGAUCACCAAAGCGGGCGUGCCUUCAAACCAGGUUGUGGCUGGCGUUACCAGCUACGGGCGUUCUUUCGCAAUGGCCGACCCUUCAUGCCACGGGCCAGAUUGUUUCUACAUUGGAGGUCCUUACGACUCGCAGGCCACCCCAGGAAAGUGCACGGCCACCGCGGGUUACAUAUCCGAUGCUGAAAUAAAUGAGAUCCUGGAAGGAUCCACAACGAACGGGCCUCUGAAGCGUGAUGGUGGAGUCAAUCAACACUAUGUUGAUCCGACGAGCAACAGCGACAUUCUAGUCUAUGACAAUACGCAAUGGGUUGCCUACAUGAGCCCUGCAACUAAGGCGUCGCGCAAGUCCCUCUACAAGGGACUCAACAUGGGCGGCACUACCAACUGGGCCACAGAUCUCCAGCAAUACAACGAUCUUCCCACUCGUGGCGUGGUCUUAGUCGAAAACUGGGCCGCUUGGAAAACAGGCAUUAAAAACAACGAAGACCCCUGGCAAGUCGGAGAUAGGACGGGAAACUGGACCGAUCUGCAUUGUACCGACCAAGCCGUUGUUGAUAAACGUACCCUGUCGCCGUCGGAGCGAUGGAACCGAAUCGAUGCUCCUCAUGCGUGGGCUGAUGCGAUAGAUGUGUGGAAGACCAUUGAUAGAGGCACUCAAAUGGCCUUCACGGCGUCUAUCUCAGACACACUUGAUGGUCCCGAGAUUGUCAACUGUGGCACAUUACAGUCGACAAGCGACUGUGGUGACACCAAGCAGUGCAAGGAAUUUGACAACAACGGUGCUGGCCCAGCAGGGUAUUUGAUUUGGAAUUCUUUGGUCUAUGUUCAUGAGCUGUACCAAAGCUAUCACAAUGCACUGUUCCAGGCCGCCGCUUCGGAAAUCACCAACGCUCUCGACGAUUUCGAGAACAAGUUCGCACCGAUACCGAAACCCCCUGACAAUACAUGGCUCUUGCUGCUGAUCGAUCUGAUUACUCUUGGAAGUGCGUCAGCAGCGGCCCCGUUCUUCAAUUCAGUCCUGUCGAAGUUGCCGUAUUUCAUCGCGAAGGGAUCCACGCUGGACAACUUUAAAGAUACUACUAUGACCAUUAUCUCCCAAAGUACAACUAUUGCCAAGGACAUGCUCAGUGAUCCUGACCCCGACGACUGGACUCCGGAGAAGCAGGACGAGUUCACCAACCACAUGGGCCAAUCAAUCGCGGGCUGGGGCGCAGUUGUGGAAAAGUCCCUGAGCACAUUAUUCGACGGCUCUGACGGGUCAAUCGAAACGCUGACGGACCUGAUCUCUGACGGCAAAUUCAUUGAAGGUUCCUCAAUCAGCAUGGCACUACCCCCAUCGGAUGCUGAUGAGCUACCAAAAGAUACGAUGACUGCUCUGCAAAAGAGUAUAAGCAAAUCGUUCUUCGCCUUCGCUAUUCCUUCCAUCUGGACAGUUUCCGGCAGGUACCCAUUCGUUAUUGACGCAGGCUACUCGUGUGACCAUGUGGAUGAUAUGGGCGAUUAUUUGGAGGAUGAUACGAUGAAGGCGGCAAAAGCCUGCUACCGCAAUAAGCGCACAUUGGGAACCCCAAUGUUCUUCCUGCGAGGCUGUACUGUCGGCUCCACAUUAAUGAUAUCACGCUCGCCCUCUGGUCCAUGUGGCACUGGUAGAAGAGCCUGA